AUCAGGAAAGUGAACUCAUUGGUGUUGAAAAUAAGUAUUUGCCCCAAUUUGAAAGUGGGAUUGGACUGACCUUUCACUCAAUUGUUUCUGAGAAUCAUACAUUUAAAACUGAAGAAGAAAGUGUUAGGUGGCAACAACUUGAGGGACACAUCAGAAAGAGGUCAACCCAACAAUAUUAUGAGACGAUUUUGAAUGGACAGAGAAUCGUUGUUCACAGUGAAUCUGAGAUGAAAUUUAACCAAGGCUCCAACGUUCAGAAAUCUCUACAUUUUAAUUUGCCAGAAAACUAUGUUGAAUCUAAUAAAGGUGAGGAAGUCUUGUCUCAAAAACCUAAACGUAUCAUACAGAGGAGUACACAUCUGAAAGACACUCCUUAUAAAUAUAGAGAACGUGACAAUGCUGUGCAACUGUCCUCCAGUGUUAAAGAUCAUCAGACAAGUUGUGUGGGAAAAAAGCCAUCCACAUGUAAUAAGUCUGGAAACACAUUUACUCAGUCACCAAGACUAAAUAUACAUAAGACAAUUACUACUGGAGAGAAAAGGUACACUUGUAAGGACUGUGGCCUAGUCUUUCAUUGGAACUCAACACUAUCUCAAAAUCAGCAAAUGCAUGCUGGAGAGAAGUCAUACAACUGUGAAGAGUGUGCUAAAACCUUUAAGGACUGCUCAUCACAGAAUACACGAGGGCAAAUCCAUAUUAGAGAGAGACUUGACAAAUGUCAACAAUGUGGCAAGGCCUUUAAUAGGCACUCCUACCUUUCUAGACAUAAGAGCGUGCAUAUUGGAGAGAAACCUUUCCAAUGUAAAGAAUGUGCCCAAGCCAUUAAAGAGAACUCGAAUGUCUCUUAUAAUCCCAGGGUUGACACUGAAGAGAAACCUUACCAAAGUAAAGAAUAUGACAAGCCCUUUCGUGAUCACUCACACCUUAGUCAACAUCUCGAAAUGAAUACUGCAGAGAAACCUUACAAAUGUGAACAAUGUGGCAAGGCCUUUAUAAACCACUCAAGCCUAACUCAGCAUCACAGAAUUCAUACUGGUGAGAAACCUUACAAAUGUGAACAAUGUGGCAAGGCCUUUCGCCAUGACACAAGCCUUACUGUACAUCUCAGAAUUCAUACUGGAGAGAAACCUUACAAAUGUGAACAAUGUGGCAAGGCCUUUCGCCACGACACAAGCCUUACUGUACAUCUCAGAAUUCAUACUGGAGAGAAACCUUACAAAUGUGAACAAUGUGGCAAGGCCUUUCGCCAGCAGUCACACCUUAGUCAACAUCACGGAAUUCAUACUGGAGGGAAACCUUACAAAUGUGAAGAGUGUGGCAAGACCUUUACCCGGUACUCAAGACUUACUCUACAUCUCAGAAAUCAUACUGGAGAGACACCUUACAAAUGUGAAGAAUGUGGCAAGUCCUUUAUAACCCACCCAAGCCUUACUGUACAUCACAGAGUUCAUACUGGAGAGAAACCUUACAAAUGUGAACAAUGUGGCAAGGACUUUCGCCUGCAGUCACACCUUAGUCAACAUCACAGAAUUCAUACUGGAGAAAAACCAUACAAAUGUGAACAGUGUGGCAAGGCCUUUUGCAGGCAGUCACAACUUACUGUACAUUACAGAGUUCAUACUGGAGAGAAACCUUAUAAAUGUCAAGAAUGUGGCAUGGCCUUUAGCCAGCAUUCAAUCCUUACUAACCAUCACAGAGUUCAUACUGGAGUGAAACCUUACAAAUGUCAAGAAUGUGGCAAGGCCUUUAUCAACCAAUCACAACUUAGUGAACAUCUCAGAGUUCAUACUGGAGUGAAACCUUACAAAUGUCAAGAUUGUGGCAAGGCCUUCAUCAAGCCAUCACACCUUAGUCAACAUCUCAGAGUUCAUACUGGAGAGAAACCUUACAAAUGUCAAGAAUGUGGCAAGGCCUUUAUCAAGCCAUCACACCUUGGUCAACAUCUCAGAACUCAUACUGGAGAGAAACCUUACAAAUGUCAAGAAUGUGACAAGGCUUUUAGCCAGUACUCAUAUCUUACGCGACAUGUCAGAAUUCAUAUCAGAGAGAAACCUUACAAAUGUCAGGAAUGUGGCAAGGCCUUUAUCAAGCCAUCAUACCUUAGUGAACAUCACAGAAUUCAUACUAGAGAGACACCUUACAAAUGUCAAGAAUGUGGCAAGGCCUUUAUCAAGCCAUCACACCUUGGUCAACAUCUUAGAAUUCAUACUGGAGAGAAACCUUACAAAUGUCAAGAAUGUGGCAAGGCCUUUAUCAACCGAUCACACCUUAGUGAACAUCUCAGAAUUCAUACUGGAGUGAAACCUUACAAAUGUCAAGAAUGUGGCAAGACCUUUCCCUGGCCAUCAAAACUUACCAGACAUCACAGAAUUCAUAUAAGAGAGAAACUUGAAAAAUGUUAAAGGAAUAUCAGUGCCUGUAAGUGGCCCUCAGCCCUUACUGGACAUCAGAGAAUUAUUAGUGGAGAGUAACCAUAGAAAUGUAAACAACGUGGCAGGCUCUCCCUGCUCAUUAGAACAUACUCAACAUUAUAGUUACCACAUAGCAGCAAAACUGUGAAAUGGAAGGAACGUGGCCGUCCCUUUACCUAGAAUUCUAUCUUUGCUCAGUGUCAUAAAAUGCUCCUUUGAUGCAAACCCUAGACAUGUAAUGAAUGAGGAAAGACCAUCAUUUUAAAUUACACUCUAGCAAACACCAGACAGUGCAUAUAGGAAAGUAACUGAAAAGAUAGAAUUACAGAAGUAUUAAAUUGAGUAUCAAAUGUCAAUCAUGUUACACACAAGUAGAAAGCAGCACAUCAGUCACUCUGUUGAGACAUUACACCCAAAUAUUUGUAGACCAUAAUGGAAAGUGAACACUUAGAACACUUUAAACACAUUUGUGCUAUUCUCAUUUAGUGAAUGGGCUUUGCAUAGGUGUAAUUAAUUUUAAUAUGUCCGUUUUGGGAGCCAUUCCGAACUCUCUAGUUGAGAAUACUCCUUGUUAGGUUAAGGCAGGUUUGCAAGGCCUCCUGCCAUCAGAUGAUGACUGAUAUCCACCCUCACUCAAUUGUUUUGGCUUGAGCACAAAUGCCACAGGCACCUUGUUGAUUGGUAUCCAGAAUGACUUGUCCCGGUUUUCUGGCCCCAAAAUGCUGAUUGCCCCUUGUGAAGAAACUUAUUAUAGGAACUCCUUUUGUGAUUAUGGGAGCAAACAUUGUGUUUUCUGAGAAUUCUGUUAUUCCUAUAGUUCCUCCUUAAGCAGACAGGCUGUUGACCCUUGCUCACAAAGAACUAACUUCCGCCUCUGCUUCUCUAUAAACAUUGUCUUGAAUUUAAACACCUAAGAUACCUUCCUUUCCCAUAUCGUAAGCAUCUAAAUCAUCCACAUCAUCACUAUUGAUAAAGGUAAUGCAGGCGGCUUCUGCAAAUCAGUGUUCUGGGAAAUUUUUUCAUAGCAAAGAAAUUUGUCAUCAGACAUCAUUGUCUAAGGCUAGUACCUCUUCAGUGCUUUUCCCAUACACUUAACCAUAAAUAAAGUUGAGUCUCAGUCAGAGCAGAGAUGCCUGCCUGGUGACCAGAAAGAA